CCGUUUCCUUGACCUAAAAUGACCUAGAUAUUUUACAAACAAUAUGUGGGGCGAAAAAAAUACGUUUAAUGCUAAACAAUCAUUGUAAAACCAUAGGACUAAUUGUAAAAAUUUACAUUUAAAUAAAUGAAAUCGACAAAAAAAAAAGCGAAUAAAUGAUGUGAAAAGUCAUGCAUUUCAUAGCAAAAAUAUUAAUUUAAGUGGUGAAGAUAUGAUGUGUAUGUCGUUUCGAUUGAUGAUAAUAACAACAUCGAUUAUAAUAAUACGUAUAAAACAAAUAAAAGACAGAGGGAUAGAAAAUAUUUCGGACGAAUUAACGGUAUCGGAGACAAAAAUCGUAAUGCUAAGUAGGGGACCAAGGUGCUAGGUAUUGGCACAAAUGCGCCACGAGUACCGCGAAACAUUUGUGAAAACCGUAGUUUCCGGGGCGGUGCGGUAACAUAGUCCUCGACAUAUUUACGAAACGCGUGUACAUUUUCCCAAGCUUUUUCCUUGGCAACGACCCCCGUCGUCGAUCAAACACACAGGGGGGGGGGUUGACGACAAACGAUCGAAAACAAAAUUAAUAAGAAAAAUAACCUAAAAACGGUUAAAUUUAUAUAGAGGGUUUCAACGAGAAUAUUGAACUCGUGUGGGGCAAGAAAAAUGGGAAACGUUUCAUUAUAUGAUCAAAGAAAAAGCGAGAAAAUGAAAAAUAAGAAAAGAGAAACAGUCGUCGGACGGGAGACAACAGUGUUGCAAGCGGAGAUAUAUACAUUAUAUAAUACUUAUAUUAUUAUAAAGUGGAACAGGACGCGCGACGCGAUCGCGAAUAACGCAAACAAAAAAGCAGAAAACAGAAAAACGCACACGAGAAAGGAACAUUGUCAAGCGCGCAUGCGCACUGCCGACGUUCUAUAGGCCACGGGCUCGACCGGACGAAAUGUCAUCAGUAUGGCGCGGCGGCGUACGGUACGUCCGCCGUCGUCGACAACCUAUUUUCGGCCAUUGUACGCACGACGAACACGCACACGAGAUCGCGCAUACACGCUCACACAUACACACACACACACAUAACCUCGCGGACGUACGGCGCGCCACACGGCCGUGGCCGUCGGUCGGCGACGUAAAAUCGGUUUGUUUUACGCACACGCACACGCGCCGGCGAACGGACGACGGCAGUCGGCGGGGGUCUCGGCGGCCGCGCGCCAGUCGUCGACGGACGUAAUAUCGCGGACGGACGACACGGGGGAAACCGGAGACGUCGACAGCGACGACAGGGCCGCUGUCGAUCGCACUCACGUUUUCUCCCGGUGUCGGCGGACUGCGAUUAACAACAAUUUUAACAAUAAUAAGAAGGACGACGACGUUCGGAAAGCGCUACCGCGUUAACCACGGAAACAGACGAUCACACGAACGGUAUUCGUAACAACAUAAAGAUAUUGUGCAAACUGCAAAUUGUGGAAACUGCGUCAGUUGUUGACAAAUAAUAAUUUAAAAAUGAAUUUGUAGUUCAUAAUUAUAGCCUAUAGGAUAACAUGGCCGGACGUAUAGUUUCAUCUUCCAUAAGAGCGGUAGCUGGAAGCAAGAAACCUAUUAAGGCUGCUCUCACCUUGACACCAUCAGCCGUUGGUCAGCUAAAAAAGAUAUUAUCUGGAAAAUCAGACUGUAUUGGUCUUAAAAUUGGUGUUAAACAACGAGGAUGUAAUGGUCUAAGUUAUACACUAGACUAUGCUAGUGAAAAACACAAAUUAGAUGAAGAAGUUGUACAAGAUGGAAUUCGUGUGUUUAUUGAUAGAAAAGCUCAGUUGACAUUACUUGGAACUGAAAUGGACUUUGUUCAAUCUAAACUAUCUUCGGAAUUUGUGUUUUAUAAUCCAAACAUUAAAGGAACUUGUGGGUGUGGUGAAAGUUUUAACAUUUAAACAUGAGAAAUUUCAAAUGAAAAUAAAUAUAAGAAGAGAAGAAAUAAGAUUGAUAUACAGUGAGUGGAUGAAUAGUCAAUACUAUUAAAUAGUUUUUCAUUUCAAUUAGAUGCAGUAAAUUUAUAUUGUUGUCAAUAAUUUAUAUAUUGUACAG